UUGCGUGGGCCAUGAGUUCUUCUCUGUGCACAUACUUUGCAAAUUUGGGAAAUAGUGCAGCCGCACGUUCCCUUUUCUCACAACUAACACAGCGUUGCAGCAACCCCAUGUGGAAAACAUUGGGUGCAUGAGGCAUGUUAUUGUAAAAGACUAGCUAGCACAUUUAUGAGUCUACUGAAUCUUGUUAAAUUCUAGCGUGUCCUGAUACAACUUGCAAUUCGUUUCUUAUGCUAAGGUUUAAACGAUAAACAUGGACAAAGUUGGUAAACACUCUAGAAAGGGGAGAGAGACGACGAAGAGAGUCUCUGAACCAGAGCCUGACUACGAUGAGGAAGUGCUAAAAAGACACAAAAACGCCCAGGCAGUGACUGUUUUGGGCGAAGAAGAUGCAUCUGUAAAACUUCUAGAAGAUCUUGUUUUUGGUGCUGAAGAUGAUCUUGUGGAAAGGCUGGUGGAGGACCGAGAGGAUGGAGGUGCCACACUUCUGGAUGAUGACGAUUCCAGCGAUUCCGAUGUAGAGAAUGAAGCACGGCUGAAGGUUCAGCCAACGAGGACAGCAGUAUGGGAGGAUGAGGAUGAUGAUCUGGAGGAAGAAGUGGACAUGACACACCGGUUCCGUAGAGACCUGGCCAAGAGUGACGCGGAGGCCAAGAUGUCCAAACAGAAGUUACAGCAGAGGAUGAAAGAACAGUUCCAAAAAGCAAUGGGUGGAAUGCCGUCCUGGGCAGAGACAAAAUUUAAGAAAAAGAAUAAGAAAAAAGAUGACUCUGAUGACUCUGAUGAAGAUGGAGACGACCUGAUGAGGAAGACGGGCAACUUUGUGGGCUCAUCCGACAGCCUUCCCAAAGGAAUCAUACGGAUGAAGAAGUGCCUACACGCCAACAACGACCGGCCGUCUAAGGACAGGCUGACCACGGUGCAGUUCCACCCCUCUGCCCAGGUUGUCAUGACAGCAGGGAUCGACCAGUCCAUCUCUCUGUUCCAGGUUGAUGGGAAGACCAACCCUAAGAUUCAGAGUAUUCACCUGGAGAGGUUCCCGGUGCACAAGGCCCAGUUCAGCGUGAACGGGGAGCAGGUGGUGGCCACCAGUUUCAGGAACAAGCUGUUCUACAUCUACGACAUGAUGGAGGGCAAGGUCAUCCCUGUCCACACUGUCAGAGGUCUGAGGGAACAGAGGGUGAAAGAGUUUGAAGUCUCCCCUGAUGGAGAAUCCCUCCUUCUCACUGGCACCUCCGGAUACCUCCACGUGUUAACAAUGAAGACAAAGGAGGUAGUGAAAAGCUUGAAGAUCAACGGAAACGUUGUGGGAGUGGCUUUUUCCCACGACGGCAGCAAAGUCUUCACAAAUUCUGAGGAGGGUGAGGUGUACAUAUGGGACAUGAGGAGCAGUAAAUGCCUGAACAGGUUCACAGAUGAUGGCUGUGUGAGUGGGACCUCCAUGGCUGCAUCCAAGAACGGACAGUAUCUGGCCUGCGGGUCAGCGGCAGGUGUGGUGAACGUGUACUCGCAGGAGGAGUGUAUGCGGCAGAACAACCCCAAGCCUCUGAAGGCCAUCAUGAACCUGGUGAACUCUGCCACCUCUCUCCGCUUCAACCCCACCUCCGAGAUCCUGGCCAUUGCCUCCAGGGCUGACGACGAGGCUGCCCGAUUGGUUCAUAUCCCCAGCUUCACGGUGUUCUCCAACUUCCCCAUGUUCCAGAGGAAAACCAUAUACAGAGCCCACCGCCUGGACUUCUCCCCAAACAGCGGCUUCUUCUCUCUGGCCAACAACAAGGGCCAUGCCCCUCUCUUCAGGUUGUUGCAUUACAAAGACUUUUGAUGAAGAGCAUCACAAGCAGGCCUGUAAUCAACAUCAAGACACCAAGCUCCCUCAAUACAACUACCAUUGUCUUCAAGAAGACAUUUUACAAUGAAAAGGACUUCAAUUGUGAACUCGGUUAUGGUCAUUUCAUCUAUGAAAGUGUCACAGCAAGAUACCAUGUCUUUGUUAUCCUGUUUUUUUCCCUUCAAAUUUGAGUGAUUACAUUUUUUAAGUGUUCAGUUUUCAAAAUGCUUGUCCUGUGUAUUUCUUUCUGUCUACUUUAGGGUUUGACAAAUGUUUGUAUAAUGGAUAAAGUACAACUUCAUUUCCUUGAUACUUGGCCAUUAGUAUAGUUUAUUCUGUUCCUAGAUAUCUCAGAGAACAAUAACAUUAUAGAUUGACUAGUAUAGAAAGGCUGUCAAACUUGUAUGCACUAAAGCCCCGUUAGUCUACUCCAUGUUGACCUGAAAAUCUGUUGCUUCCAGCCACAAUAAUGGAUUAGUAUUCACUGUGACUUCCAUUUUGACCAAAGCGCUCCUCCAAAUCUGAUGAUCAUUUUCACACAAUUUUGGAUUAAAUACUUAAUGUUCAGUGCCUUCAGAAAGUAUUCAUACCCCUUGACUUAUUCCACAUUUUUGUUAUUACAGCCUAAAUUCUAAAUGGAUUAAAUAUGUUUUGCAAAUGUAUUAAAUUAAAUGCAGCAAUAUCUCAUUUACACCUUUGCUAUGACAUCUAAUUGCGCUCGGGUGCAUCCAAUUUAAUUUGAUCAUCCUUGAGCCGUUGCUACAACUUGAUUAGAGUCCACCGUUGGCCAAUUCAAUUGUUUUGACAUGAUUUUGAAAUAAACACACCUGUCUAUAUAAGGUCCCACAGUUGACAGUGCAUGUCAGAGUAGAGACUAUACCAAGAAGUCCAUGGAACUGGCCAUAGAGUGCUGAGGUAGAAUUGUGACAAGGCGAAUCUGGGAAAGGGUAUAAAACCAUUUCUAGAGCGUUGGAACGUUUCCAAGAGCACAGUGGUCUGCAUCAUUGGGAAGUAAAAAUAAAUAAUAUGGGACUACUCAAGACUGCCUAGAGCUGGACCUCUGACCAAACUGCAGAGGGAAAAAAUCAGGUCAAGGGGUAUGAAGACUUUCUGAAGGCACAGCCUAUCUGGCCCAGCUUAUCGGCAGACCAAUAAAGCGAAGCUAAUAUAAACCCUUACUUUGCAUUCAUGCUCCCAGUAUGGCUCAUAGAACAGUUUGCUUGAUGGUGCCAUUCGCACUGUGAAAUUGACUGCUUUAUUUUUUCAUUUUUUUACUGCACUAAAGGGACCUCCCUGCUGAGCCACAGCAUUGAGAGAAACACACACACCUACAGACUCCAGAUGAAUGACAGUAACGCCAUGUGUUACAUGCAUUAGAUCCUCCUUUAGGACGUCAGUCAGGGUAGGCAGCAUUCCAACACCUACAUUUCUCCUCAUUAGUAAAAGAUGAAGCACUGUGUCCUCCCUAAGGCGUCGUAGUCGUUUGUAUCUGCAUUCAGACAAGUAAUUUCUCUUCCCCUCGUGUUUCAAUGCAUGUUUAUCACAUUUAUUGUUUUGGUCUGUCCUGAGGUGCUCCUGUAAUAUAAUAGGCUGGAGAAAUGUCUAUGAUAAAUGAACCUUAACACCAAACAAACAAAAAUAGUUUUCCCCUGUAGUCCCCCUAAUGCAGAAACCAACAGAAACUAUUAACAGGUGGGAAGUUUCAGAAACAAAUAAUGAGCCUCAUCAGCAUUUUACUUAGUUUUAGUUCUCAUGUGGGUGUCUCGAGAGUCGGAAAUAAAUAUAUUUGCCCUGCAGAUCAGACAUGGAAAAAUAGCUGCAGUUGUGAAAUUAAUGGUGAUUUGUGUAAAUAUAGGUUUAGAAUCUGUGUUUGUCCUAUCUAUUCUCUGGUCUGUCUGACUAAUUUACAGAUUUGCGAUUUCAGCAGCAGGUUGCAGCUGUGUAGUUGGUGAACCUCUUAAAAUAACCACAAACUCCAUCUAUCUCUUAUGAAUAUGUGCUAGUAUCAAAAUGAUCUACACUAAUUAGCCAUAUAUUUUUACACAGUCUGUCUCUUUCACACGCAUGUUAAAGGAGAAAUACAGUGGCUUCAAAAAGUA